CUGACGUUUAUUAGCAACCUUGUAACAAAGACUACGGACUGCUUGAUCGCUGGCAAUGGCCCCCAUUCUAUUCGUUGCUAUUGACCACCAUCUCUCUGGGAACCUUGAGCUUACUAGCACGUCCGAAGCCUGCUUGAUGAACUUCUCCGACCAAAGCACCGAAGUUAUGUCCAGAUGGCCACCUGCAUGAUCAGAUAUUUCCCCGCAGCGUCACGGCUUCCGGCGGGCAAAGGGCAGCACAAGGGGUAUAAAGGCAUGAGGCAACUUCAAUCUCCUCGAACGCCUUCAUGAGCCUUCCAGCUGUCGUCGCCGAGUCGUCGACUGUAGCCCAAAUGCCGGAAGCCGUCAGGAAUGUAUGUGAUUUGCCAUAUGAUGUGCUUUUCGAGCUCUUUCGCCACCUGUCUGCGGUGGAUGUCACCUCUUUGCUCAAUACGUGCAGGGGCGCGCACAAGCACACUCAGGAUCCAUCGAUCUGGCAGCGAUAUUGCAGUCAAUACGGCCUGCGAAGCGUCGUCAACUUCGGUGGACUGUCCUUCUACACAGUCUACACGCAGUUGUUGCAUCCAUAUGGUCCCCUGCUCGGCCUCUGGGCAAGCGACUACCCCUACCGAGGAAACAUCAUCGAGUUUCGGCUCAUCCCGGGCGACGACAAGGAACAGGGGGGAUUGUCGACAUCCACCCGCCAUCCUGUUUUACCGAACUACGUUCGCGCUCUCAAGAUCGGUUUCGAUGCGCCAUUCGUGCCCUCUCCCAGAACCACGAUAGCAUCCCAAGCACCGUCUCCACGGAGUCCGAACGAUGUCCCGCCCAAGGCCCGUGUGUCCUGCAGCGUUCUGCCACCGGUCGACCAUGCGCACUGGCAUUCCACGUACGUUGAGGUCGUUCCCCCCAGUAGCUAUGGCUACUUCAUGCAAGGCUAUCGCAAACCCUUUCCCCACCCUGGCUUCCCUCCCCUCGACGCAUUGUGGUAUGACUCGCCGCGCGGUCUUCCACACCUGAAACCGUCCAUCCCUGUUCUCGUCGACCAGCGCGAGCUCGUUCGGAUCUAUCCCGCCGUUCGCCUCCCCAUUAUCUUUGCAUCCACGACACCACACAUGAAACCUGCAGCCAUUUCAAUACACUGCUCGGGUGGCGAUGACCGAUGUACCCAGAUGUACCAGCCUGCUCUACCGUUCGAUGAUCUCUCUACGGCCCCUCCGCGCUACUACCCGCUCCGUUGGGACAUCCGCGCCGGCGUUGAUCCGAGCGACGCAGAUUGGAAACUUGGGACCUUAGAAGGGCUUUGGCUCGGAGUAUUUGGUCCAUACGGGACGGAAGUGCUGCAUUUGACAUGGCACCAAGAGGAAGAGGAACUGCGCGCGAUCAAGCUAACUGGGGACGCGAAUGUACCGAGGGGCACUCUUUCGUGGACGUUGCACGCCUCCUCCAACGCUUCUCCGCCGAUACCGACCUCAGCGGAGUGGACAAGCGAACUGCCUGGUGGUUGCCUCGUUUACACGGGCACCGGCACGAUCAGCGAACGCGGGUUCCCGUACGGAAUCACGGUCCCCUUGAGCAUUGCGAUCCUCAAUGCGGACGACAUCCAUAUUUUCUGGGAUCAAAUGAACGACACGCGUAUCUACACGCGUUACAAGGGUCGUGAGGGUGGUGCCGGGUGUUAAGACCGUUCUCGUUGACUCUCAACCAUCUUCACAUUGCCAGCAUACCUCGCCUAACUUACCGGCAUCGAAGGUACUCAUGAUGAUGAUUCGCGGGAUGAUCAAGACCGGGUCUGCUAACUGCAGCCGGAUGUCGGUUCUGUAAGACAUGGGA